UCUCCUCUUUUGGUCUCAGAUCGCGAUCAGUGAGGGGGGAGGAGAGAGAGGGAGAGGGAGAGAUGGGGAGCGAUAGGAAGGUCUACACCUUGGCCGAGGUCUCCGCCCACAACUCUGCCCAUGACUGCUGGCUCGUCAUCGACGGCAAGGUUUAUGAUGUCACCAAAUUCUUGGACGAUCACCCUGGAGGGGAUGAGGUGUUGGUGUCAUCAACUGGGAAAGACGCAACUGAUGACUUUGAAGAUGUUGGGCAUAGCACCGCUGCAAGGGCAAUGUUGGAUGAGUACUAUGUUGGGGAGAUUGAUGACACAACAAUUCUUAAGGAUGUCAAAUACACUGCUCCCAAGCAACCUCACUACAACCAGGACAAGACAUCUGAGUUCAUCAUCAGGCUUCUCCAGUUUUUGGUUCCCUUGGCAAUCUUGGGGUUGGCUGUUGCCAUCAAAAUCUACACAAAAUCAGCUUAAAAAUUUUGUUACCAUAACAUUUAUAAUUAAUCAGUCAGAACGCCGUUUACUUUGUUAUGAUACUGUGGUUUGGCUAUGGUCAACUGUUUGCUUGUGGCUCAUUCAGGAAGUCAUUUAUUUUGGUGUUAUAUCAAAGUACCUAUUACAGUGAAAUGCCUGAGAAACUUUCUCCUGUA